AGUUCUGCCGAGCUGGUUGUUACUGUGUUGACAAAUUCCCUUCGCGACGCAAUCCGUGGGCAGUUCAAAUGAAUUUAAACUAUUUCCCAAACGAGGUACUGUGCCGUAUAUUCGACUACCUGUCAUGGAAAGACCGCCAACGUGUCUCGCUGGUUUGCUGCCGUUGGAAUGAUAUCAUCAACUCCGAACAUUACAUACGCCACCAAAAGCUUGUCCUGUACAACUAUAGCAAGGCAAGGUUUUUCUCGGGCGUCCGAGUUGAGCUGCUGAAUCGUCAAAAGCAUAUCGAACUCAAUUCGAACGCAAUGCUCGACACGGAGGAAGUACUACAAACGAUCGGUGAAUCGUUUGGUGGCGGUGAAGCGAUGGUUAACUCCCUGUCCUUUGUUCUCCGCUCCGAGCAUAGAGUAGCGUUCGGUUUAGUGCUGGAAAACCUGCCCAAUCUGGUACACCUCAAAGAGUUGAACAUUUCGGUAAACGGAGCGCUACGCAAAGGUGUCCGGAUCGACAGUGCGCGCCUGGAAAAGCUGAACAUAUCGUUUUAUCAGAAUUCACGAUGCACGCUGCACACCCCCAACCUGCACACACUGCACCUUACGGUCCGGUAUCGUAGUGAGAUGGACUUAUUGCGCACCAUUUCGGCUCAACUGGUCGAGCUGCAGGUAUCCUUUAUAUCGAAGGACCACGUGGCAAAACUGUUCGACUGUGAUUGCAGAUCCCUGAAGCGCUUGUCCAUAUUGCUGCGAAACGAUAAAUAUAUACCCUAUAGUGUGUCUCCGGUGCUCCUGCGGCCUUUGGACAAGGAUGGUAUAUUUGCUAGAACUAUUGUCGGUCUGCAAUCGUUACAAGUGGAAGACGUGUGUCAUAUUUUCGACAUUGACUUUCUUCAGAUGUUUGUGUACGCCAAGUCACUGAAAACACUGGUCAUAAACUAUAUCAGGCUGACCGUUGAGGUGAAUCAGUUUAUUAAUGGAUGUCAGCAACUAAAAAAUCUCAAUCUCGAAGGAUGUCCAAAGGCCGAUGAACCCAAAGAACUACACCUACCAGCCUUGGAAACGCUAGUGGUGCCGUACAAACACCUAUCGCUGUUCGAAUCGGAACUCAAAUUGCUAACCACGCUGUACUACAGCAAUGCGAACAAAAAUCAAUCUCAGUUUGUUAAACAAAUAGCGAAAGCGUUUCCCAGCCUAAACUUUCUCUGUUUGCAAAACUUUGACAACGAACUCGACUCGAAUGCGUUUAGCAAUCUGACUGUGCUUACCAAGCUCCGGACGCUCGUCAUCAAGGAUAUGUCCGUUGCAAGCAAAAUAUUCACGAACUGUCCCAACGUGCCACACUUGGAACGACUAGUCACCGACACCAUCGUUUCGGAAGUGUCCAUGCUGGAUGCAAUACCCGCAAGAUUUCCUGCUCUGCAAAGCUAUGUCAUCAAGAAUUGCUUUUUGUACCUCAUUCCGAGCGAAAGUGGCAAGCACCACAUGACAUUCGAUAGCCUCCGGCGUCUCAUGCCGCAUUGCUGUGUGUCGACGAAGGAUUCUACAAUCUUUACCGAAAAAGAUGGUCAUAUGUGAUGCUUAAAAAUAGCUUUCAAAAAGAUACCCAACCGCGGGGCUAGGUAUCGUGGAUAAACAAGGGGGUAGAACAGAACGUUCGGUCAGUAACAGGAUACGUGAUAUUUAGGGUAAUGUGAAUGCAUGUUUAGAUUGCUAAGAGGAGCUACAAUGAGGACGAUUAAUAUAGAAAACAUAGUGAAUCAGUAAACAGCGGUGUAAAUCGUAUGUGAAUCAGUGA